GCCGUGGAAUCUGCAGCGGGGAAUCCAGGAGCGCAGGGGAGCCGGCAGCUUGGAAGGUCCUGCCGCGGUGCGUGGCGGGCUUCCACCCGCUGCUCCGAAUACAAACGGUCGGCGGGAGAAGCGCGCCCCAGCAUCGGCGUCGGGCCGCAGGGAGUCGUUGCUGGAGGCUGGGCUCCCGGGGCUCUCGGAUUGCACAUGCUACCACCUCCUCUGUCCGUUGUGCGGGGCCGGAGGCCUUUGGAGCCCGUUCUUUGCUCGGCCGCUGCUGGUGACUUCAUUUUAGAGGAGCUUCAUUCCCAGAGGAUUCAGUACUCAAGGUGAAAAAUUAGAUAAUUUCCAAAGCUGGAGCUGAAUCGAAUGUUAAAUAAUGGCAACAGGUGACUUAAAAAGAAGCUUACGGAACCUAGAACAAGUGCUUCGCUCGCUAAAUUAUCCUAGAGAGGUGGAUUGUGUAGGUUUGGUAAAGGGAGACACAGCAGCCUCUCUGCCCAUCAUCAGCUAUUCCCUUACCUCAUAUUCACCUUACGUAGCAGAACUUCUGGUGGACUCCAAUGUAGAGCUCAUAGCAAAGAAUGACUUACGCUUCAUAGAUACUGUCUACAAGCUUCUUCGUGAUCAAUUUAAUUAUAAACCAAUCUUGACGAAAAAGCAGUUUCUCCAAUGUGGAUUUGCAGAAUGGAAAAUCCAAAUUAUAUGUGAUAUUUUGAAUUGUGUGAUGAAAAAGCACAAGGAGUUGAGUGGUCCUGAGAAGACUCCAUCACAACAAAGAAAAAAAAUCAGUUCUGCUAAGUCAGAACCUUGUUCAGGUGCUGAGAAGACAUCAACUGAACCUGUGGGCAUUGACGUCACUGGCAGGUUUAUGACUUCAGGAAAGAAGAAAGCUGUGGUGAUCCGGCAUCUGUACAAUGAAGAUGGUGCUAACAUUCCUGAAGAUACAGUAACAGAUGUUAAUGAAGCAUUUGAUAUUUGUGACUUAAAGGCUGCUGAAAUAAAGAUUCCUGAAUUACAGGUUCCUGAAAUUAAGUGUGAGCAGCAAGAUACAGAAGUCAAUCCUGAGAUUAUUGCACUACAGACUAUGCUUGCUGAAUGCCAAGAAAAGCUGAAGAAACUGACUUGCAUAGAAAGUAGAUUAGAAUCUUUGGAAGAAAAAAUGAAAGGGAAAGUGAUGGUGAAUGAAAAAACCUGGGCUGAUCUUCUAAGUCGUGUCACUCUUCUUGAAACAGAAAUGCUUUUAUCUAAAAAGAAUGAUGAAUAUAUAGAGUUUAAUGAGAUGAGUGAAGACUGUGCUUCUAGUAGCGACAUGGAUAGUCUCAAUCCGGAUAGAAAAAGCAAAGAGGAAAGGCAAGCAAAUAUUCCUUUGUCCUCUGGUUAUAGUAUGGUAUCAUCCGAUUCAACUCCCAGAGCCUCAACUGUUAAUUACUGUGGUUUGAGAGAGAUUUCGGAGGAAACAACAAUCCAGAAAAUGGAAAGGAUGAAAAAAAUGUUUGAAGACACUGCAGAGUUACUGAAAUGUCCAAAUCACUAAUUAUAGAAUUUUCUGCAUGAACUUCCCUAGGACUUUGGCUCCUGUACAUGUUGUAUAUU